CCUGGAAUGACCGAAGUGCACGCAGCGUGGUUAACUGCCGGGGCAAACGGAGACGCGGCGGCCAUGAAGCAGUUGAGGAGUCAGUUCCCCGAGUUCCUCGACUUGCAGCGGGUAAGGAAGGCACCAGCCGAACCACGUUCUCGAUUUUGCAGCUGGAACGAGUUUCAUCUCCAUACAAUUGGCGCAUCAGCGCUGCACGCCGCAGUCUGGGACGGCAGCCUCGGCAUCAUCCAGUUCCUACUCGAAGAAUCUCAAAGCCCCGAUUCCGCGGAUGACAGCGGUGUUACGCCUAUGAUGUUGGUCAUAAUGCGCCUCAAUCUGAUAACUAUG